AUGGUUGUUGACUGUUUAGGUGUUGUACGAAGGCAUCAACUCUAUCCUGAUCCAGGAUGCAUGGACCAUGACGCUUCCAAUACAUCGGAUGUGGUGCAAAAAGGCGACAACACCUCAGCUCAGGACCAGCCUUCGAGAACGCGCAAACGGAUGCCUAAAAAAUGUUCGAAAUGCGGGAAAAGUGUGCUAAACCUCAGCAGACAUCAGAAAGAUGUUCAUGGAAUGAAGAAACUAAGGCGCAAACUCGGUGAUUAUUUUACGGGUGAGAAGAAAAAGCCCAAGGGGACAGUUAAGUUCUGCCCGCUCUCUCCCUGUAAAGGAAACAGAACACCGCUAUUUCAGCUACACAAGCAUGUCCAAACUUCCAUACAUGGUUUAAGGCCUAAUACACCGAGCUACAUAAAAGCCUUGAAUAAAGCACCAAGAGUAUCCCUAAAGCAAUUAGAUUUGCACAUGAAGAAUGAAAAGGAGAAAAACAAGAGGGCAAAACACGAGAGAAGAAGGAGGCAACAACAAGAAAGCAGCAGUGACGAAGAAAGCCAAGAUACUGACAAAAUGGGAGUUACAUUAGAGGAAAGUAAGCGGAUGAAAGAAGGAAGAAAAAUGAAGCGUGAAGGAAACAGCAGUGACGAUGAAAAGCACGAAAUUGAAGGAAAUCAAGCAGUGCAAGCGCCGCAAGUGGCGAGUCAACGAGUGGGGACAGUGACCGAGGAGAACAUGGAGCUGGAUAGUGACAAAGAGUACGACGAUCUUACUAGACGAGUGUGGGAAACAGGACAUAGAUCGCGAGGUACUACCAACCAGACUAGUGAUAGCGAAGAAAAGGUGCAUAGUCAAAUUUCACGGUCGCAAGAUUUCUUUCAGCGAACCCCCUCUGCAACCGAAGAUCAAGAAGCAGUUGUUGUUACCGAAAGUGAUCGUGACUCUGAUAUUGAUUACAUCCCUGGCGGUUCUGGAACAGAUGAGUCGAGCGAUUCAUGUUCAUCAGAUAGCUCUAUUCUUCCCGAAGAACGAAAAGAUCUGUUGAUUGGUGUGGUCGAAGUUAUAGGUAGAGAAAACUGUGACUCUGGAUCAUUUUUUGAUUAUCAAACAGAGUUACCCUGGAAGAAAAAAAUCCAGAAUUUCAUCGGUCAGCAAGAAAGUCAAGGUUAUUGUUUUAAGAGUGAAGAGAAGUCAAUAGAAGAUUUGAGACAACACUUCCAACAAGAAGACAGUGACGAUGAAAUACUGCAAAAUAUUUUCAUGAAUGACGAAAGUGACAACGAUGAUGCUUUAGAUGAGGAGUGGGAGCCUAGCGAUUGUGAACCUGAUGCCGAAGAGGCUAAGGAACAUCGACAGGAAGAACUUGGCAUUCCCACCAGUACUUUACUAGCCGAGUUCUACGAGUACCUUAUUGAUGUGGAUGGAGGCUAUCGCAGUGUAAAGGUAGCACAGCAGUACAAAUCUCAAGUGCAAAGUAUUAUUCGUACUUGUAAGAUGAAGCUGAAAGAAAGCAAUCCGGAGCAACAUAAACACGAAGACCUCCCUAGCUUUUAUUUGCUGUUAAUUUCAGGCAUGACUGGAGUGAAAUUUCUGAGACCCUGGCUCUCGUACGUGGUCGAGAAGUACCAGCCUGGAACUGUGAGAUCAUAUCUAAUGAGCCUGCGCCUUUUUUACAAGUUUCUAAGCCAAGAGGAAGUGCCCUUACCAAAUGUUACCAAGGAUUUGCGUAAUGUACGCCACGACCCCAUGACGUCUUGGUUGUCUACGUAAAAGAAGAAGGUGUUGAAACGGAAGCUGAAAAAGCAUGAUGAAGAUUACAGGAAACUCCUGUCAAGUGAAAACCUCCACAAGGUAUGCCACGGAAGUUUGCACAUGAAUGCAUUGAAACAACUCGCAGCAACUUCAGUAGAAACAAAUCGUGGCGAUAUUACUGAGAAAAUUCUCAGCGACAAGUCCCAUUGUGAAGUUCGAGAUUGGCUGAUAACACGGCACCCUGAGGGAGCUGAUCUGUUACAUCAAAGUGAGGGGCGUCUAACAGAACAAUUUCUUUGUUACUCCAUAUUCUUUCAAGAAAUGAUUGUGGAGCUCUGGAUUCUCAUCAAGUUGCUUUAG